CCCGGAGUGGAGACGCAACAGCUCCUGAGGCUCCCGGUCGUCUGAGGACACCAUGACAGUCACGGUGGUGUAUGAUAACUCGGAGGCAACAGAGCUCUGUGCAGCUCAGCACCUCUACCUCAAGCCCAUAGCAAAAUUGAUGAUCAAUGUAUUGCUCCCAGAGAGUCUAGAACCUGUGAGGCCCUUCUCUAACUGGGAAGUUCUUGACCAGCUGAAGAGCCUGAUUUGCCCAGACCAGUUCACCACAGUUCGGCUCUCCAAGAGCACAAGGGACUUCAUCCGAUUUGAGGGUGAGGCUGAAAACCGAAGUUUGGUUCAGAUCCUGAAGGCAAAGUUACAUGGGAAGAUCAUCAAGCUAAAUGGUUUGAAAACAGACUUAAAAGUAGUGGCCACAGAUGCCCAGGGAGAGUGGGAACACUUCCCCAAGGACAGAGAGGCCUCGUUGAGUGAUGAGGCCGAAGAGCAGAACCAUGAUAAGAGCCCAGAUUCUAUAUAUUUUGAAGGCUUGCCCUGUAAAUGGUUUGCACCUAAAGGCUCUAGUGGGGAGAAGCCGUGUGAAGAGAUCCUUCGGGUAGUUUUUGAAAGUUUUGGGAAGAUCAAGAAUGUGGAUAUCCCUAUGCUUGACCCCUACAGAGAAGUGAUGACUGGUGGGAGCUUUGGGGGUUUUAGCUUUGGCUUGCAGACAUUCGAGGCCUUCAUACAGUACCAAGAGUCAACUGACUUUGUAAAAGCCAUGGAGUCCCUUCGAGGAAUGAAGCUAAUGCUUAAAGGAGAUGAUGGGAAAGCUCUGGCGUGUAACAUUAAGGUUAUGUUUGAUACAACUAAACACUUCAGCGAAGGAGCUAUAAGGAGAAGAAAUCAGGAAAGGCUAAAAUUACAAGAGUUGGAAGAAGAAAGGAAAAAGGAAAAGAAAAGAGAAGAGGAAGUGGCUGAAAGAAGAAGAAAAGACGAGGAGAGGAAGGCCCAGGAAAAGAGGAAGAAGGCCAGGGUCAGGAAGCGAACGCUGAAGGAAAGGGACAGACACCGGCAAAGGAAGCAGAAGGACAAAGCCAAAACUGAGGAACCACGGGAGCUGGACUCUUCAGAGGAGUGGGAGGAGCGGAAGUACCUGCUGGCUCAGAGGCGGGUUGAGGCCCUUCGCUUGCUACGGGUACUCUUGAGGAAAAUUGCAGUUUGGAUGAGAAGGAAGAGUCUUGAGCCUUGUCAAACUCAUGUUAGUCUAGUCUUAAACUGUUUUUCUUUGAAGGGAUCCAGUCAAUUUAACCCACAGGAGGUCGACGUUACAGGCCCCAAAGCUACUCAUGCUCUAGGAAACACAUUGGGAACUCUGGAGGAAGAAGAGUUAAACACUCAGCACCUUCAAAAUCAAGAGGAAAUGCCAAAAGAUCAGGUUGCCAAGUCAGACAAUAAACGGAAACAAAAAAUGAAGAAAAGAACAGGGGCUCACUUACAUAAAUCUUCCCACCGCCUUGGGAAAAAAAAAUUAAGAUACUCAACUAGAAAAGAGAGAACUGGAGAAUUAUUAACUGACGGAUACAACCACAGUUUGGGUUUUGACCAGAAUUCCUUGCAGAUUGCAAUGAUUCAAGGUCCAACUCUUGAGAAAGAAGACCACCACAGUUCUAAUAAAUCCUAUUCUUCUGCAUUACCUGAGAGAGACCAUGGAAGGAAACAUAAGAUCUAUGAAACAGAUGAAUUUAUUGACUAUCUAUUAAACUAUUAUCAAACUCCAAGUUAUGCCCGUAUCUAUCUAGAACCAAGUCACGUAACAGGCAAGUGUCAGUGGCAGAGGGACGUCCAUGCUAAAGGAAAUGGAUUUCAGAUUAAUUUGAGAAAGCGCAGGCAUCACUCAACCAAUUUGAGCCAAAUGCAAAACCUGGAAAGGAGAGAACAAAUUGAAGAAGAUGAUUACUGGUCAAAGAUUUGUACUCAGGAUCCUGAGCAUAAACCACAAGAGAGGGUAAAAGUGGAUUAUGCCAAUGAAUGUACUAACGAAUUUAAAAACCAUUGCAAGGAUAUAGGCGGUAAAGCUGGUGAUGAGCUGUCCCCAGCUGAUGGAAACAGCCAUCAGUUAGAAAAGUCUCACACUUACCAUAUCGAAGAUUCCAAAUCCACAAGGAAAAGCCAAGUAUCUUCACCCUAUAGGUCAGUAGGCUUAGAUUUGCAGUUGACAGAUUUCUUAGAGGAAAUUAGUAGUGAUUCUGAAUGCUUCAGUGAAACCCUUAGUGUAAACAAAGAGGAGAAAGAGAGAUCUGUGGCCACAUAUCACAGCUCCUCAGAAAAAGGACCUCUUGACCCUGACGAAAUCAUCACUUGCGAACAAGAACCUAGGUCAAAUCAGCAGACCUUGUAUUCAGAGUUGAAACAUGAUGGUGAGGAAAACUACUCUAAAUACAAGCUUAGGACACCAAGCAAGAGGUCUAAGUACGAACUGAGAUGUUCAUGGCUUGAGGGUGAAAGCAAUUUCAUUAGAGAUGAAAAGAACAGCAGCAAAAAGAGGGAAAAACUAUCCCCCAAAUACUUGUUUGAUGAAGGCUACUACCACAAAUCCAGUUCCAGUAAUCUAUUAGAGAACAUCACAAGAAAGAAGAGGAGGUUUAGUGGUAAUACAUUUGACCAGAAAGUGAACUAUAAACCCUCUCAUGUGCCAGUAACAUCAUUAAAAAGUGCUAACGCUUUCUAUUUGGGUGAUUUUCCCAAAAGAAGAGAGACUCUUUGGAAGUCAGAAUGUAACCAGAAUGCAAGAAAGUAUAAAAGGCAUGAGAGUUCUAAAGAUUUCAUGCUCAAUCCUGAUAAUUAUUAUAUUAGACAUAACAGUCAAGAGCACGUUGACUCUGGAAGCUAUUUAGGAAACAACUACACUAGUUCUUUAUGUUUUCAAAUGUUUUGA